AAUAAGAGUAAUUUAUCUUUUGAUGCACAGAAAACUUAUUGUAACUCAUUUUAUAUAAAACGCGAAUAAUAAAAAAAAUGAAAAUAAACAAUAAAAAGAAAAGAAUCAAGAUAUGGUCAUACAUGAGUCACAAUCGGAGACACUGGAAUCUUCCUUCAAUGCGUUCACACUUUUCACACGCUUCCCUUUAAUAUUUUUGCAUAUAAAUUCACCUCAUUUUCUCUCUCCUUCAAUUCAACUCCAUCUUUCUCCGUUCACAUUUCUUUGCUCUCUCAUUUUCCAUCUUUCUCCAUUUCAAAUAAAUACAACUCUUCUUUUCUUUAAUUUAUAUAAUCAAUCUCAUCAAUUUUAUAUCUCAUGGAAAUUUCUUCAUUUCCUUUCGACGAUUUAUCUCAGUAUUACCCGACACCUUAUCCUGAAAUCGCAGCUAAUUCUCCCGUCGAUUCUUCUCCGUUGAAAAAACAGAGAUCCGAAAGCGAGAGUGUCGAUUUUUUCUUAAACAAUACGGAUACGGGUACGAUUAAGGAUAUCCUUGCCUCCGUACUUAUAUUCGGAGACGAGGAUGAUCAGAACCAUUCCCAUUCCCAUUCCGGAAUGGAAAUGGUUCCGGAAAAUUACAAUUUUACCCUUACUAACAACAAUAAUGAAAAUCCAAUUCAAAACCAAAAUCAUGAAAUUCAGUCGGCUGAAGCAGAAGUAGCAGUAGUUGCUACUGCUGCUCAGCCGAAGCGAGGAUUGAAACGCUCUCGCAAUGUGGGUCAAUCCUCGACACCAGCACCAGCACCGGUGGUGAAUCGUAGGAUGUGGGUGAAGGAUCGAUCGAAGGACUGGUGGGAUAAAUGCAGCCACCCGGAUUACCCAGACGAGGAAUUCAAGAAGUCGUUUCGAAUGAGCAAGGCUACAUUCAACAUGCUAUGUGAUGAACUCGACCCUCUUAUUAACAAAAAAGAUACAAUGCUACGAGCUGCAAUCCCGGUCCGUCACCGGGUCGCGGUUUGUAUCUGGAGACUAGCAACAGGCGAACCACUUCGAGAAGUAUCGAAGCGGUUCGGUCUGGGGAUAUCCACAUGCCACAAACUCGUCCUUGAAGUUUGUACCGCCAUUAGAAAUACGCUAAUGGCUCGUUUUCUCCAAUGGCCCGAUGACACUAAAUUGGACGCCAUCAAGGAGGAGUUCAAGUCUAAAACCGGGAUUCCGAAUGUGGGUGGUGCGAUUUACACCACCCACAUUCCGGUCAUAGCACCGAAGGCGAACAUUGGUGUGUACUUUAACAAGCGACACACCGAACGUAACCAAAAGACGAGUUACACCGUUACACUACAAGGAAUGGUGGAUCCUAGCGGGAUAUUUACUGAUGUUUGUAUCGGGUGGCCUGGGUCGUUCUCCGACGAACAUGUUCUUGAGAAAUCGGCCUUGUUCAAGCGGGCAAGCCGCGGCUUGAUGAAGGAUAUGUGGAUGGUGGGCAACUCAAGCUAUCCGUUAAUGGACUGGGUGUUGGUACCAUACAGUCACCAAAACUUAACUUGGGCACAACAUGCUUUUAACGAGAAAGUUGGGGAAAUUCAAAAAGUGGCAAAAGACUCGUUUUAUAGACUUAAGAAGAGGUGGGGUUGUUUACAAAAAAGGACUGAAGUUAAGUUACAAGAGUUGCCUAUUGUACUAGGAGCUUGUUGUGUUCUUCAUAAUAUUUGUGAGAUGAGGAAGGAUGAGAUUGUUGGUGAUCCCGGGAACUCGUUCGAGCUUUUCGACGAUGAGGUCUUGCCGGAGAAUGUUGCGAAAUCGUUGACGGCGGUCCAGGCUAGAGAUCAAAUUGCUCAUCAUUUGUUACACCAUGGCUUUGGUGGCAAUACUUUUCUAUAGCUUUAGCUAAGGUUUUUUCUUAUAUUUAUGUCAUUCAUACAGUUGUAUUAGAGAAUUCAAAGAAUAGAAAAUAGGAAUGUAGGUGGGAUAUAGAAGUGAUGUAAUUGGGAAAUGGGUGUAUACCAUGUAUUAAAUUGAUUAUGUUACAUUACUUUAUAAAAAUUUACCAUAUUUACAGUCUCACAGAUA